AUGGCGUGUCACGACAACCCUCAGGCUUCGUGGGGCCCUUCUUCUUGCCUCAUCAUCUGCGCCCUGCUCGCGCUAUUCCUCUCGCCUGCAGCGGCGAAGCGGCCGACGAAGGAUGAGUUCGUCGAAGAGCUGAAGAGGGCGAACGAAGCGCUCAAGGAUCCAAAGUAUAACGGCAAAUACUACGCCACUACCGCGGCUUUCGACCACCUCAUCCCGGAAUUCGGUGCGUGCGAUGCCUUCGAUAUAAUCCCAUCUAUAAUACUCAUAAUCGGAUCAUCUCACUGCGACCUCCUGGCGCGUGCAGAAAACGAUUGGGAGCCGAACGACGAGCAGCUAGGCGAGCUCGAGCACACGACCGCGCUGGUGCCGGACAGCACGGCCAUCCUCUGGACGAUCCCCGCGGCCGCCGCCGACAUUCUGCGCGGCAGCGCUACUGACCGCAAGGACAUCGAGAACUACGGGCAGUGGGUGCGCGCGAACAUCAUCCAGGGCAUGUUUACGGAAGGCGGGCUUAAGAACGCCAAGGAGUUCAAGGAUAUGAACGGGCGCAAGAUGGGGAAGAGAGAGGAGGUGACGAACCUACGCACGGGGGAGACGCGGAUGGAGCUGGGUAAGGCGAACGCCAAGGUGAAGGACCCGGAGAUCUACAAGGGGAAGUUCUUUAUCUUGCAUGGUGUGGAUGCAGUGCAGACUCCGAACUGA